AUGUCGGGUUACAAAAUUUGGUUUCUCCAUGGUGAAAGACUAGAGUAUAUUAGUUCUAGCGAACCAUAUAUUGUUGAUAGCGUAGAGGAACCUAGAGCAGAAGUAGAUUAUGGUGUGGAUACUAUUGAGAUGGUGAAUGAUGCAUAUAGGGAAAAAAUGCAAUCGAUGGGUCAAAAUGUUGAUAGAUUAGAGGAACCUAAUGCAAAGGCAUGCAAGUUUUUUUCUAUGCUGGAUGCAGCUAAGCAGUCGUUAUACGGAGGUUGUAGGGAAAGUCAUUCGGCUUUAUCAUCUGCAAGCAGAUUGAUGACCAUAAAGACGGACUACAAUUUGGCUGAGGAAUGUGUGGAUGCGAUAACAGAUUUUGUGAAAGACAUUUUGCCUGAAGAUAAUCAUUUUCUAGGUACAUAUUACGAGAUUCAGAAAUUGGUCGCCGGUCUUGGUUUGCCGUAUCAAAUGAUAGAUGAAACAGGCGGUAGGGUUCCAGUUCCAUAUAAGCGGAUGUGGUAUUUACCUAUCACAGAAAGGCUGAAGCGAUUAUAUCAAUCUGAGCGUAUGGCUAGUCCAAUGAGAUGGCACGCAAAACACAAUGCAAACGGAGAGAUUACGCAUCCUUCAGAUGCGGAAGCAUGGAGGCAUUUCCAAUCUGUGUAUCCAGAUUUUGCGUAUGAGCCAAGAAACGUGUACCUAGGAUUAUCUACGGAUGGUUUCAACCCAUUUGGAAAGCAUGGAAGUGCUACAACAUAUGACGUUUCAACCAAGCAGAAUUUCCAGAUGCGUGUAGCACUUAUGUGGACGAUUAGUGACUUUCCAGCUUAUGGGAUGCUAUCUGGAUGGUCAACUCAUGGAAGGUUAGCGUGUCCGUCUUGUGAAGAUAACACAGAUGUGUUCCAGUUGAGGCAUGAACGUAAAACUAGUUGGUUUGAUUGUCAUAGAAGAUUUCUACUAGCUCGUCACCCUUACCGGCGUUCGAGGACAUUGUUUUGGAAGAAUAAGCAAGUGGUUGAUGUACCACCUCCGGAAGUCGACAGACAUAUUUUACUGGAACAGUUAAGAGAUUUUGGAGCAGAGAGGACUACAGAUUGUGGUGGUAAUGGACAUGUUGUUGUUUACGGUGCUGGCAUCAAUCACAAUUGGUAUAAACAUAGCAUUUUUUGGGUGUUGCCUUAUUGGAAAGAUCUUUUGUUGAAACAUAAUCUAGAUGUCAUGCACGUAGAGAAGAACGUCUUCGCCAACCUCAUGAACACUGUUCUAAAUGUCCCAGGAAAGACAAAAGAUAAUUUGAAGUCUAGAUUAGAUUUGCCAGAUAUUUGUGAUCGCGAACCGCUUCAUGUACUAGAAAAUUGGAGAUGUCCAGUCCUGACAUUUCGGUUAGACACGCGCAAGAAUGAAGCGUUCUUCAACUGGAUUACCCAUGAUAUUAAAUUUCCUGACGGAUAUGCAUCUAAUUUGCGUAAUUGUGUUGAUAUGGUUGAAGGAAAGUUUACUGGAAUGAAGAGCCAUGAUUUUCAUGUUGUGAUGCAACGACUUCUUCCAUUUGCAUUUGAGCAUCUUUUACCAAGCAAUUGCAGGAUUUACAUGGCGUUAAUACGCUCUUACUACCCGACAUAUACCGAGGAGCAGCUUGAUGAGCAUAAGCAAAAUCGUUGGGUAACAGUUACACAAAUAAACCCAAGAGGGAGAAUAUACAGAGUUGCCGAUCAUGAUCCUUUGCAACCUAGCGGAGUUGGUUACAUGGCCCCAGUGGAGCAUUCUUUUGAUGUUGACCUCGUGGUUGACUUCUCCCAAUUCACUCAUGAUAGAGUCGACUUAGACUCAGAGGAUGAAAUUGGAGAAUUUGACGGAGAUGAUUCAGACUCAGUUUCUUCUGAUUACUCUUCUGAUUCAGAAUAG